AUGACCAGAUGGACAACCAGUCACCAGGAAGAACAUGGAGCACCUCUGUGUCCUGCCCUCACAGCCCACAGGAUCCUAACACAGCAAGGCUGGUGGCCCAGUGGGCAAGUCAAUUAUAUUCUGAGCCUGCUGGUUCUUCGCUGCAUGUUUACAAAUGGAAAAACAACAUGUAGAUGGCAGUUAGUGGAGGAAUGGGAUGCACAACCCUCACCCUCUGUGGUGAAUUGGACACUCACAGGAAACAUUUGCAUGGAGGCCUAUGGAGAUUGCUGGUUUGAGGACGUAAAUACUAAAAUGAGUACUUCAGGCAAUCAGACUGUCCCCCAGAUUUGCCGUUUGCAAAUUCAAUUAGAAGGCAUCCUUGUAAUUUCUUCUGAACCAUCUCUUCCCUCUCCAGAACGAAAUGUGAUGAAUGUUUCUGAAGCAUCCUUCAUUGACUGACUGCAGAAUGUCACAGCUGAAGAGCACUUACUGUUUGGUUGCAAGCUUAUAGGAAUGCACACUGUUAACUCUCAGUGGUUGACUGUUGGGACACGUUAUUUCAUUACAGUAAUGGCAAGUGGUCCGUUGCUUUGUCAACUGGGACUUCGACUAAAUGUGGCAGUAAAAGAACAGUUCUGCCAGGAAUAUCUGAAUUUAGAAUAUUGCUCUGGGCAUGGCAAAUGUCUUACGGAAAUUUGGAGAUAUAACUGUCAUUGAGAAUCUUCAUUUUUUGGAAAAUACUGCCAGGAAUUUGAUGUGUGUUCUUAUAAACCUUGUAAAACUAAUGGCAGUUGCAUUAAUAAAAGAGAAAUAUGGAAUGAGCAAGGAUAUGAAUGUAUCUGUCCCACACCAUUUUCAGGCCUAAAUUGUUCAGAAAUAGUAAUUGGCCAAUAUCAACCAUGUAUCUGUUUCCAUGGAAAUUGUAGCAAUAUGGCUGCAAAUAGUUUCAUUUGUAAAUGUGAUGAAUCAUUUUCAGCUCCAUUCUGUACACUGAGUUCAAAUCCAUGUUAGACAUGUUUUUGUUGGAAAAGGGGAAUUUGCCAAAGUGAAAGCUCUGCUUACAUUUGUGAAUGUGCAGAAGGAUUUCUCAAUCAAGAUGAAAUUGAUGAUAAGAAGUGUUCAUUAAUACCAGGUAAGAAUGGUAAUGACUGCAAUGAUAUUUCAAAUGCAAUUACCAUAUGCAUCUCUGCACCAAUAUUGACAGGCAAGCUUUGUAAGAGACUUCAAAUGCCAUGUGAUUCAUUUCCUUGCAAGAGUAAUGCAACAUACAGAAACCAUGAGAAAAAUUAUCAUUGCAAUUGCAUGCCAAGAUUUACUGGAAAAAGCUGUGAGAAAGUAAUUGACCACUGUAGACUGCUCCGCAUUGACUGUCUGAAUGAAGGAUGGUGUUUCAAUAUAAUUGGAAGAUUCAAAUAUGUAUUCACCCCAGGCUGCACAAGAAAUGCUUAUUGGUUUCUGAAGAAUGUUCCUUUAAUCCUCUUGUACCCUUGCUACCAUGGAUCCAUCAGCCAUGAUAUUUGCCAAACUAUAGUUCCUUCUUCUCUUCAAUUUAAAUAUGUGUGGCAAUUGGGAUUUGCCAAACUAUACAUUUGGGAAUCUGAUGAAAAGGAAUUGGAGUUCAAAUCUGAAAAUGUUCUCAUGUCACUGUCACAGCUGGAGAGAGGAAUCUUCAUUGGUCUCACAGCAGGGUGCUGUUUGGAGUCUAAGGUCCUCAAGUUUGAUGCAGCUUUUCUCUUGGUCACACCGGCAGAUUCUGUAUUCAGCGUCGGAAAUUGCUUAGGAAACCAGAGUACAUCACGGCAUGGCCUCUGCCGGGUCCAUUUGCACAGCUGUAACUGUAGCUGUCUGCAAAUAUAUGAAAGAAACAUCUGUGAAAUAGGAAGUGAAGAUUGUAAAUCCAUGCCCUGCACAAAUGCAGCAACCAGAAUCAUUUUAAGUGGCUGUUUCUUCUGCCCUUCUGUCCCUGGAUUUACCGGUACAACCUGAGAGAUAGAUGCAGAUGCGUGUGCUUCCCAUCCCUGCAAGAAUGGAGCUUCGCGCAUUGAUCAACCUGGGAAUUGCUUCUUCCGCUGUGUGGCCCCAUUUAAAGUGGUUGCUGGCUUCUGCUUCUGCAGUCCUGGCUGCGAGGGCCUGAGGUGUGAGCAGGACAUUGAUGACUGCAUCCCGAAGUCCUAUGAGCACAACUCCACCUGUCAAGAUCUGCAUCUUAGCUACCAGUGUGUAUGCCUGUCAGAUUGGGAAUGAAAUUUUCGUGAACAAGAAUCCAAUGACUGCAAAAUGAAUCCUUGUGAGAACAACUGUACUGACCUUUACAAAAUCUACCACUGUGAAUGUAUAGCUGGAUGGACUGGACAAAAUGGUGAAGAAAUAAAUGAAUGUGACUCUGACCCAUGCCUGAAUGGAGCUCUUUGUCAGGAGUCUGCCAUCCCUGGGCAAUGUGUAUGCCUGUGUCCACCCUUUUAUAGUGGAAAAUCCUGCCAUCAACACUAUAACCCCUGUGAUCCUCUCACUGACCCCUGCAGAAACAAGUCAACAUGCUUGAGUUUGGUGGAUGGAAAUCAUUAUUGUAUGCAUAGAGAAGAAUAUAGAGGCAAGGAGCACUGUAAAGUUAACAUGAAGGAGUUCUUCUCCUUUCCUUGUAAGAAUUAUCGUGACUGUGAAGAUGGGGUCAACAAUUUCAGUUGUGUUUGCAGACCUGUGUUACUUGGACUUCUGUGUGAAAUAGAACCUGAGUGUUCCUCUAAACCUUGCCAAAAUAAUGGAACCUAUGUGGAUUUGACAAACAGAAUAGAUUUUUUAUGUAGUUGUGAACCUGUGUACCAUGGAUAGCUCUGUGAAUUGGAUAUGAAUGAAUGUGAAAUCCAACCUUGUUUAGAUGGAGAAGAUUGUGCUAACAGAACCUGUGCAUACAACAGCCUCUGUGUUCCUGGUGAUACAGGCAUCACUUGUGAAGUAAAUAUAGAUGAAUGUCUAUCAAAACCCUGUCUCCAUGAUGGAGCUUGUAUUGAUGGCAUCAAUCAUUAUACCUGUGACUGCAAGAGUGGCUUUUCCAGAACACACUGUGAAACAAAUGCAAAUGAUUGCUUCUCAAAUCCUUGUCUGCAGGGAAGAUGCACAGAUGUCACUAAUGAAUAUCAAUGCUCCUGCAAUACAGAAUGGACUAGCCCAAGAUCUGAGAUCAAUAUUAAUGACUGCACAUAAACCCCUUGUAUGAAUCAGAAGUCAGACCAUGGCUUUACUUGCAUUUGCCCAAGUUGCUAUGUGGGUGCAAAUUGUGAGAUAAGUAUUGAUAGUUCUGCUGAGCGUGAACUGAAUAUGGACCUCUGUGUUAAUGGACAUACAUUUUACUGCAGAUUUAAGACCUACUCCAUCGGGCUUCUUAGUGGUGAUGAAAUAAGGAGAAUUAUCUGUUUACUUCCUUCCCUCCCAAGAACAGAUGAGAUUCCUACUCAGAUAUAUACAGUGCCUAUUUCUGAGGCUUUAGUUAGCAGUUUCCCAUAUCCAAGGGCUAUAAGACUAUGGACUGUAAUGAAUACUUACUCAGUUGAUCAAGGUUUAAAAGAGACAAGCAUUUUCAAGUAUGCCGUUCUCUCAACCACUGGUUUGUCAGCAUUAAGCAUUGGCAUAUCCCUUGAAAGCUAUUUACUGGAAGCUAGGCAACUUUCAACAAAACACACUCUCACUUCUUCCACACAUGUAUCCUCACCUCAGUUUCUGAAUUUUGAUGAUCAUGACACAACACAAAUUAUCCAGAGCACAACAUCUGUCUCACAUGUGCCUAUCCAAACUUCAGCUGUCACACCAGGAUUCAUAUUCUUCAAUAGAAGAGAGAGGACCUCCUUUAUCAUCUCUUCCUUAAUGACAGAUUUUAUUUCUCAGCAGUCUGUAUUACUUGACAGUGUUCGGGCUAUUGCCGAAUCUGCUGCCACAGUGAGUUCAGUAAUUAGUGGCAUUCCAGGGGCCUAUACUGAAUUAAACAGGCACUCAUUUCUUUCCCCUCAAUUCCCGCUCACAACUGCUUCCACUAGCACACCUCCAAUUGUUUCUAGGGGGGCUCAAGAGGAUACUGAAGAAUAUUCAGCUGUUACCUUAAUUUCAAGAAGAGAGCACUGGAGAUUGCUGAGCUCCUCAAUGUCUCCCAUUUCUCCUGCUAAGAUAAUUAUAUCUAAACAGGUAGCCAUCUUAAACUCAUCAACUCUGCCCGGAUUCACUACACAAGCCUCCAUUCCCAGUGAAUAUCAGAUUAGUUCUGAAGCAUCUAGCAACCAGAGACUCACAAACACCAAAUCACAGACUGCUGAUUCCUUAAGUGAAUUAAGCCAGACAUGUGCAACAUGUUCUAUGACUGAAAUAAAAUCCUCUCAUAAAUUCUCAGAUCAAGUUCCGCAUAUAGAACAGUCCCAUUUUUAUGAGACGUUCGGGAUGAACUCAGAGAGAUUAGCCAGCUGGUAUGCACUAAUGGGAACUCAAACUAUCACUUCUGGGCAUUUGUUUUCUUCUGCUAUUGAAACAAUGCCAUCACCAGCAUUCACAGAACUGUCAUCUUUAUUUCCUUCUAAAAAGAGUACAAAAGGAAUAAUUUUAUCCUCAUCCUUGGAGGAAUCCAUUACCCUAUAAAGUAAUUUGGAUGUUAAUUUAUGUUUGGAUAAAACUUGUUUACCCACCAUCCCUUCACAAACUGUCUCUUCUGAUUUGAUGAAUCCUGAUUUGACUUCAAAAUUGACUACUGAUGAUUUGUUAGUAUCAAGAAACAUUUUUAAAAGAUUGAAACUAGGACAAUAUGGUAUCACUGCAGGUCCCACUGAGAUACUGAAUCAAGACAAUUUAUUGGGCAUGCAAGAGAGUAAAGGAUCUCAAGAACAGCUCACCAUUCAUAAAGAUUUUAAACUAAAUUUACAAAGUUAUCUAGAAACUGUGUAUUCAAAUGACCUCAAAUACAACCCUUCACUGCCUGUAGACUCAAUGUCUAAUAUUUCAAAAACAACCUCUACUUCUGCAUUGCACACCAUUCCACCAACUCAAUCACUUCCAAUACAGACCUCUUUCCCCAAGUCUGUAUUUGUGCCACAUUGGACAUAUUAUACAGAUAAACUGCCGUUAACAUCUGAUUUUAAAAAAGAGUUCAGAACUUCUUCAGAAUGGCCCACAUGGGAACUUCAGCCUCGUGUGCACAAUCGAGAACCUAAGGCCGCAGGCCAGUGGCUUCCCAUCACUACAUCUCUUACUUUGUCUUCAUUGGAGUCCAUUCCAGCACCUCCUCAGCUGAUGAUUUCUGGUUUCAGUUGUGUUUGUUAUUAUGGAUGUUCCUUUCUAGAAUUUCAGAAUAUAUUUUUAAGUCCACAAAAUAACAUCUCCCUAAAAUUUCAGACCUUCAGAACCCAUGGCCUUCUGAUCUACAUCAAGCAAGACUCAAAUUUAGUAAAUGGAUUUUUUAUUCAAUUAUUUAUUGAAAAUGGUACUUUACAGUACUACUUUUUCUGUGCUGGUGAAGCAAAAUUGGAAAGCGUUAACACUACUAUUAAAGUAGAUGAUGGGCAAUGGCAUUCACUGCUUAUCAGGCAAGAAUUGGACCAAUGUAAAGCUGAGCUGACUAUUCUAGGGAGGACCUUAAAAGCAAGGGAACCAGUCAAUCAUGUGUGUGGAAAACCCCUGCCAGAAUCAUGGUCUGUCUUUAUUGGUGGAUUUCCAGAUCUUCAUGGAGAAAACAGACUGCAGGCUGUUAGUCCAAGAUUAGGGUACCAGCAUGGUCAGAAAAGGGUCUUCCUCUGGGUCACAGACUUCUUCUUUCAUGCUUUCAUGACUGAAGAGCCUAGGGAACGUAGGAAUUUUACUAGAUGCAUAGAAACUGUAAAAAUCAAUAAUUAGGGAUCUUUCAUCCCGUUCAAGGCAGUGGGGGAAAAAAUUCACAUUGAUAACUGCAGAUCUCAGGAUUCUACUCUGUCUGCAACAUCAUCCUUUCUUGCUCCUUCUGGUGGGACAGAAGGGGUGGACCCCAUGGGGACUUCCCGCAGCCCCUCCUCAGUGCCAUCUGUGUGCCAGGAGGAUGUGUGCCACAAUGGAGGCACUUGCCACCCCAACUUCCUCUCAAGUGAUGCAUUCUCAUUCCAGUGUGACUGCCCACUACAUCUCACUGGCUGCUUCUGCGAGCAAGAUCCAGGUUUAUAUUUCCCAUCUUUCACCAGGAAUUCCUACUUAGAGCUGCCUUUCUUUGCAACCCUAAAUGAGUUGAAGUCUGUCCUGGAAAAAGAACAUAGCAGAAUUGUUACCAUCUACUUGGCUAUAAAAACUUUGAUUGGGACCAUUCUCUACAGUAGUGAGAAGAAUUUUGGACAACAGUUUCUUCAUUUAUUUCUUGUGGAAGGAAGGCCCACAGUUACAUAUGGAUGUAGAAGUUCCUCAAAUAGCUUGACUCUCUCUGCUAAUUAUAGAACUAACACAAAUGCAUUCAUCCCCAGCACCAUACGCUUUGCGGUGCCUGCUGGUAGCCCUGGGGUUGCUUGUAUGAUUGAAAUGACUGCAGAUGGAAAACCUACAAUACAGAAGAAAGCAAUGGGACUAUCCCAUGCCUCUCAGGUACAUUUUGAAUCAAUCCUUAGCCAUAUUCCUGAAAAUGUUAAGAUUCACAAGAAUGCGGGACAUAUUUAUGGGUUCAAGGGCUGCAUUGGAAAGCUUCAAGUAAGCAACAAAGAAUUUAUCAUCGCUGAUGAAGCACUACAUGGGAAGAACAUUGAGAAGUAUGUCCCUUUGUGUGCUCAUCAUCGAUGCCACAACAACGGCACCUGCAUCAGUGAUGGUGAACACCAGUUUGGGGCAUGUCCAAGGCUGUACUCAGGCAAGCUGUGCCAGUUGGCAACAUAUGAAAACAACCCAUGUAGAAACGGGGCCACCUGUGUUCCCAAAUCUGGGACAGACAUCGUCUGCCUCUGCCCCCACGGAAGGUCUGGACUCCUCUGCAUGGACGCUAUUAAUAUCACUCAGCCCAGGUCCAGUGGCAUGGAUGCCUUCGGAUACACUUCAUUCCUGGCUCAUCCACGGAUCCCAGACAUCAGCUUCGAUUAUGAAUUCCACCUGAAGUUUCAGCUGCCAAACAACCACUCGGCACUGCAAAAAAAAAAAAAAAAAAAAAAAAAAAAAAAUGUCAUCUUCUUCACCGGACAGAAGGCCCUGUCGGGGCAUGGGCUGAACGGCCAUGACUCCCUGGCAGUGGGUUUGUGCAGCAGCCGUGUGGUAUACAGUUACAACCUGGGCUUCGGUGUCGCAAGUCUCAGCAGCGAUCCUCUUGAUCUGAGCCUUGGGAUGCACAUGGUCCGUCUGGGGAGGCGCUUUCGAAUGGGCUGGCUGAAGGUAGAUGAUCAUAAAAAUACAUCCAUCACCUCCCCAGGAAGACUGGUUGGCAUCAAUGUCUUCAGUCAGUUUUAUGUAGGUGGCUACGGUGAGUACACUCCAGCUCUCUUGCCAAAUGGAGCCGAUUUUAAAAAUGGCUUUCAAGGUUGCAUUUUCACCAUUCGGAUUCGCACCAGGAAGGACGGCCGUGUCAGAAAGCUGGGGAAUCCUGAGGGCCACUCAGAUGCUGGCAGUGUUGGUCAGUGUGACACUUCUCCUUGUAGCUUAAUGAACUGUGGCAAUGGAGGGACCUGCAUAGACAGUGGAGCUACUGUUUACUGCGACUGUCCCACUGGGUGGAAAGGAGCCUUCUGCACGGAGACAGUUUCCCCCUGUGACCCUGAACACGACCCUCCACACCAGGGUAGCAAAGGAUCAACGUGUGUCUCAUUGUCUCAGGGAUACACCUGCUCCUGUCCCCUGGGAACCACUGGAGUCUGCUGUGAACAAGCUUUAUCUAUAAGUGAUCCAUCUUUCGGAAGCCACGAAUUAUGAUGGAUGUCAUUUGAUUCCUUUCAUAUUCAUAAAAAGACACAUAUUCAAAUGCAGUGCCAGGCUUUUUCUACAGAUGGCAUCCUAUUUUAUGUGGCACAACACCUAACAGCACAAUCAGGUAAGGUGAUUUUUUAUAUAUAUAUAUAUAUCUCUUCAGUAAAUGGUGCUGUUCAACUUCACUACAAUCUGGGUGACAUAACUGCCAUUCUAGAAACUCUCCAAAACGUAAGUACUAAUGGAAGCACUUGGCAUGUGAUUAAGGCAGGAAGAGUUGGUGCAAGAGGCUACCUGGGUCUGGAUAGGAUAAAUGUAACAGAAAAGGCCAACGCUAUAAUGAGCCCCCUGGACACAAAUGCCGACUUUCAUAUUGGAGGAGUGUCUCCCUUAAUUCUUGUAAAUCCCAUGGCAACAGCCAAUGGGCCAGUAGGUUUUCAAGGCUAUGUCGAGAAGUUAAUUAUAAAUAAUCAAGAAUUAUAAUUAACUGAACUAGGAGCGAAAGGUGGCUCCAAUGUAGGUGACUGUGAUGGGACAGCCUGUGGGUACACCAUGUGCAGAAAUAGGGGUGAAUGUAUGGUAAAUGGCACCACUUUUUUUUGCAGAUGUUUGCCACACUGGACUGGAAAUAUAUGUGACCAGUCUGUGUACUGUUUGAAUAACCGUUGUCUCCUCCAAUCUCUAUGUAUACCUGACCGGUCAUUCUCUUACAGUUGCGCUUUGGGUUGGGUGGGAAGGUAUUGUGAAAACAAAACUUCAUUUUCAACUGCAAAAUUUAUGGGUAAUUCUUACAUUAAAUACAUUGGCCUACAUUAUAAAAAUCUCCAGCUCACUACUGUAUCCUUAAAUUUCAAUAUUACUGAAAGAGAAGGCUUAAUUGUGUGGAUAGGAAAAGCUAAAAAUGAAGAAAGUGAUUUUCUGGCAAUUGGUCUCCAUAAUCAGUGUUUGAAAAUAGUUAACUUAGGAGAAAGUGUCUCUGUACCGAUGAUUUAUAGCAAUGGUACAUUCUGCUGUAAUAAAUGGCACCAUAUAAGUCAAAAUCAAACUCUUAUUAAGGCCUACCUAGAUGGCAGGCAUUCUGAGGCUAUUGACCCACACAAAAAAAUUGUUGCUCUGAACUAUGAUGAUAUUAGUUACCUAGGGAGUUUUGAAUACUAA